AUGAGCGACAGUCGUAAAGAAAGGCUCUUGAAAUUACAGCAACAACGCAUUGCAAAGGACCGCAAGAGUCAACGCAACGUCGACGACGUUUAUGUCGAAGUCGAAGAACAUGACUACCAUGCCCUGAACGACGAUGCCGAUUUCGUGGAAGACGAUGAUAACGCAGGCUACAUUGACGACGGCAUGGGGAAUGACGAAGAGGAAUUCUCGGACGAGUACGAUCAAGCUGAUCAAAAGUCCAGCAAGAGAAAGCGUAAGAAUGGAAAGGCUGCCGAUGGAAAGGACAAGCAAGCAAAAAAGAGCAGGGAUAUUGCAAGUAUGUUUUCCAAGUCUGCGUCAAGAAAGCCUGCACCAUCCGCACCUGCAGUCAAAAAGGAAGAGACAAAAGACGAUGCCAGCUUUAUGGAUGAUCUAUUCGCAAAUCUUGAAUCCCCAGCACCUGCAAAGCCAGCACCAUCUCAACGCCCAAAGCCUUCUUCAUCACGAUUUGGUAAUGGCACAUCAUACAUUUCGCGUGUUCAACCCACUCCUUCUCGCCGCACAACAACAUCUCAAGUACGAUUGGAUAUGCCUCCACCAUCGACCAACAACAACAACAAUGAUGAUGAUGUCGACGUGAUUGAGACAACAAACUCGCUUGCUGUCGGUGAAGAUAACGACAAAACGACCAACAAUAAGCCUUUCUCUCAACCUGAUACGAACGAUGAAUUCUUUGAUGCAUAUGAUUCUUUCAGCACUGGCAUGAUGGAUGUGAUUGAUGAUAUGGAAAAAGGAUCACCAAGUCGAGUCACUGUGAAACAAGAAGAGAAAGAACCCAGCUUAUCGGCAGAUACCAGCAUGGAAGUGGUGGAAGAGGUGAAGAGACCCAAUAUGAAGUACAAGGAAGAACGGCCUGAUUUGGAGACCUGGGAAAAGGCACAUGCUGCUAUGGGACCUAUGGGUGUUACUGAAGCAACAACACAAGAUUUAAGUCGCUCGAUGGAUGUUUUGGAAGAGGAUGGCAGCUUGCAUUUCUGGUGGUAUGAUGCAUAUGAACGACGUGAAAAGGGUGCAGUGUACUUCUUUGGCAAGGUUUUGAACAAGAGUACCAAUCGUUACAUCAGUUGUUCGGUGGCUGUGCGCAAUAUCGAGCGUAGUAUCUUCGUGUUGCCACGACAACAUAAAUUGGAUGAUCAAGGCAAUCCUACUACUCAAGAGGUAGCCAUGACCGAUGUACACGAAGAGAUCUCAUCCGUAUGUGCAAGACACAACAUUACAAAGUUCCUCGCAAAGCCGGUGACUCGAAAGUACGCCUUUGAGCUACCUGAUGUCCCACGGGAAUCCGAAUACCUCAAAUUACAUUACAGCUAUGAAUUGCCCCAAUUACCCGAAGAAUCCAGCGGCACAACCUAUAGUCGUCUCUUUGGUGUCAACACUGGUCCCUUGGAACAUUUGCUGGUCAAACGAGACAUCAUGGGCCCAUCUUGGCUUAAGAUUGAUCAGGCACAGAUCUCGAAUACCAAUGAAACAUGGUGCAAGAUCGAGAUUGGAGUGAACGACCCCAAGCUGGUGAAUCCUCUCAAGGAUCAAGAUGGAAACGCGCCAACUCACAUGCCCCCUCUCGUGGUGCUCGCUCUCAGCUUACGUACCGUGAUGAAUCAUCAAAAGAACGAGAAUGAGAUUGUUGCAGCCAGUGGUCUUGUGUGCAAUCAAGUUCAAAUUGAUGAGCCAACCCCUCUUGAGGCACAAUCAAAGUCAAGAUUCACCAUUGUACGCCAAUUGGCUAAUACGCCUUAUCCUGCCGGUUUCAAUGAAGCAGCUGCACGCGAGAAGAAGCUAGGAUUCCCCAUUCAAGUUGAACGUACCGAAAAUGCCCUUCUCAAUUGCCUGAUUGCCAAAAUCCACAUCACUGAUCCGGAUGUGGUGGUUGGACACAACUUUGCUGGCUUUGAUCUCGACGUCAUGCUCCACCGUAUGAAGAAGCUCAAUACACAACAUUGGCACAAACUUGGCAGAAUUCGACGCAAAAAUUGGCCCAAGUUGCAAUCUGGUGCUGGUGGUACGGGUGAAUCAACAUAUCAAGAACGUAUGAUCAUGAGUGGCCGCCUUGUGUGUGAUACCUACCUUGCAUCCAAGGACUUGAUUCGCAGUAAAUCCUACCGCUUGACCGAUUUGGCGCAAUCUCAGCUCAAGAUUGCUCGUGAAGAUAUUGAAUUCGACAAGAUCAACAAGUACUAUGAAGAAUCCCAGUCCUUGAUUCAUCUCGUCAAACAUUGUGCAUUUGAUGCCUUCUUAUCAACGUCCCUCAUGUUCAAGCUUCAAAUCCUGCCAUUGACAAAGCAGUUAACCAAUCUCGCUGGCAAUAUGUGGUCACGUUCCAUGACAGGCGCCAGAGCUGAGCGAAACGAGUUUUUGCUUUUGCAUGAAUUCCAUCGUCACAAGUACAUUUGCCCCGACAAGACAUUCCCUAAGAAUAACAAGGCUGUGGUGAUUGAGCAAGGAGAUAUGGAUCAGGAUGAAGUCAAUGAACAACUCCAAACCAAGAAAUCAAAGGGACGAAGGAAACCUGCAUAUACCGGUGGUCUUGUGUUGGAACCCAAGAAAGGCUUCUAUGACAAAUAUGUGCUCUUGCUCGAUUUCAACAGCUUGUAUCCAUCCAUUAUUCAAGAGUACAACGUAUGCUUCACCACAGUCCAACGACACAACCUGCCAGAGAAUGCCGACAAUGAAGGCGAGGACAAUGUACCGGACGUACCUGAUACCAAUGUGGCACAAGGUUUACUUCCUCGAUUGCUCAAGACGUUGGUGGAGCGUCGACGACAGGUCAAAAAGCUCAUGAAAGAUCCUAAAUUAUCCAACACCGAGAAGAUGCAGUAUGAUAUCCGACAAAUGGCUCUCAAGUUAACGGCCAACAGUAUGUACGGUUGUCUUGGUUUUACACAUUCCCGGUUCUAUGCCAAGCCUCUUGCCAUGUUGAUUACCUACAAGGGUCGUGAGAUUUUACAAAACACUGUGGACCUUGCUGGCAACUUGGACUUGAACGUCAUCUAUGGUGAUACUGAUUCCAUCAUGGUGUAUACCAACGAGAGUGAAGUGCAAAAGGUCAAAGAGAUCGGCAACAUGUUCAAGCGCCGUGUCAAUGAAAUGUACAACUUGCUGGAGAUUGAUAUUGAUGGUCUCUUCAAGCAUAUGCUAUUGCUCAAGAAGAAAAAAUACGCUGCAUUGCUCGUGGAAGAGAAUCCCGAUGGCACUUUAAAGGAGACUGUGGAAACCAAAGGUCUUGAUCUUGUACGCAGAGAUUGGUGUGAUUUAUCACAUGAUGUAUCAUCACGAGUUUUAUCCUUCAUCUUAUCGGACAAGGAUCGUGAAGAAGUUGUAAAUGAAAUUCAUGAAUACCUGCGACAAGUCGGUGAGGAGAUCCGGAAGGGCGAAGUAUCCCUGGAGAAAUUCAUUAUCAACAAGCAAUUGACCAAGAACCCCCAUGAAUAUGCUGAUGCCAAGAACCAACCACAUGUGCAGGUGGCAUUGCGGAUGCGAGCUGCUGGUAUCAGCGUUCGAGCAGGCGACACUAUUCCAUACGUCAUUUGUCAGGUGGACCAUAUUCCCAACGGCUCAAAGACUGGAUUUGCCGAGAAAGCUUUUCAUCCUGAUGAUGUUGUCCAUGGCGAAAAGAGUUUAGAUAUUGAGUGGUAUUUGCAUCAACAAGUUCAUCCUCCUAUUGCACGUCUGUGCUCGCCCAUCGAUGGAACCGAUAUUGCAAGACUUGCAGAAUGCCUUGGUCUUGAUGGUUCAAAGUACAACGUGGGACGUAUCUAUGAUGAUGACCAGGAUGAGGAAUUUACGACACUCGAAUCGCAAAUCAGUGAUGCUGAACGCUUCAAGGAUGCUGAACGAUUAAGGAUACGAUGCAACUUGUGCAGCCAUGAACAAGUCUUUGAAGGCAUGACACGCAAAGCAAAUGACAAUGAAAUUGUGUCUGGACUCCAAUGUGAAGGCUGUCAUGGCACAAUUAGUGAAGCUGUUGUGCGCAGCGCCCUGAUCCGAUGCAUGCGUUCCUAUAUCCGGAAAUACUAUGAGGGAUGGCUUGUGUGCGACGACGCCACAUGUGGUAGCCGUACUCGAAUGAUGUCUGUAUUUGGCCGCAGGUGCUUACGAGAGGGAUGCCAUGGCAGUGUUAAGCGCGAGUACACGGACAAGCAGCUCUAUACACAACUACUUUAUUUUAGCAACAUGUUUGAUGCCGAAAGGGCCAAGGAAAAUGCAUUGAGCUCAGGAUCAGCAACCGUUCAAAUCAACUCAUUGAUCAACCUGCAUCACAACACAUUCCAUCGACUAAAAGCGGUGGCAGAUGGCUAUCUCGAUCGAUCUGGAUAUCGACAUGUAGAUAUCGCCAAGCUCAUGACACUUGCCAAUUUGACAUUCCCAACGUUGACAUAG